CCGUGAGCAAAUUCGCCCGAUGGCCUCUCUUCUCCUCCCGAUGGCCGCGGCCUUUCUCCUCGCCCCAGCAAUUCUCUCCACCACUGUUGUCGAUGACCUCCGCAACCUGCGGCCUCCCCCCGAGUUCAACUCCACCAUCGCCGGCAACUGCAUCUGCAACCCUUCCCUGCGGUACUGCGGCAACUCUCGCCCUCUGGACGACCUCGAUGAGAUCUUCAAGUCCACUAUCGUGGCGAGCCACCUCUGCAACGAGUCCCACAAUCCUAAUUGCGUCGAGUCCUUCGACAAGAUCGACCUUCGGGGCCGCCCCAAGAUCGCGCCACUCUACCUGUCCUUCGACUUCUUCUGGAAGUACUGCCCCCUAACGAUUCGGUCCAUCGACUUCUCCAACAACUCGCUGAGGGGCGAGUUCCCAACCAGCGUUCUGGCGUGCGCACAGGUUGAGGCCCUCGAUUUCAGCCGCAAUGAGCUCCGGGGCGAUUUCCCCAUUGAGAGGCUGACUUCGCUGGUCAACCUGACCGUCCUCAACCUCUCAUACAAUCACUUCUCGGAGUGUAAAUUGUCCGAGAGCCUAGUCUUCAGGCGGUUCAAUUCGAGUAAUUUCGUACACUCGGGCCUCAUUCCGAACAAACAGAGUUUUGCAGUCAAGGCGCUGUUUCUGAUGAUCGGCUUGCCAGUUCUGGUGAUUUUAAUUGUGGGUUUCAUCGCCAUGCUGUGUUUUAGAAGGCGCGAUCUGUCAUCGGAAUCUCAACAACCGAGAGUUCACUUCACUACAUCGAUGCUUAAGGCGGCGACCAGUGGAUUCUCACGUGAAAACUUAGAGGGGACGAGCGAUGGAGUCGACAUUUACAGAGGAAUUCUGAGAGAUGGUACGCAAGUAAGGAUCGAGAUAUACCGGAGUGAGAUUUCCAAUGAAAGCAAGAGAAAAUUCGUCGAAGAGUGCGAGGUUCUCGUCCAAUUGCGCCACAAGAACCUGGUGCGAGUACUUGGUUGGUGCGAGGAUUGGGUACCGCGAGCGAUCGUGACAAGAUGGACGGACGGAGAGAGCCUGGAGAUGUGGUUGACAGAGAGAGCUCCACCGUUGAAGCACAGAUUGAAAAUAUUGGUUGGAGUCAUGGAAGGCAUGUGUUAUUUGCAUGAAUCUUGGCCUCAAGUGGGGUAUGAUCUCAGGACCAGCAGUAUUAUCCUGUCCGAAAAUCUCGAGCCGCUGAUUGCCCGGUUCGAGUUCGACAGUCGAAACAACACCUCGAAGAACAAGCACAAGUUCGGAGUUCUUUUGUUGGAGAUGAUCACAAACAGAGGGAAAAUGGGAGAUCUCGAGGCGGGCGAGGCCCGUUUUAUCGAGCACAUCCGAAAGAACUUCCCUGGAAAUUCGCAGAACUUGAGGGAUGAGAGGAUCAUGAUGGCAAGUACCGCAAUCGAACAAGCUCGGCAGGUGAUUGAGAUCGGGUUAGCGUGCAUCAAUCACUCGGCUAACGAGCAGCUGAAGAUGGAUCAUAUCCGUCGUAUCCUGCUGCGAAUUUACAGAUCAUUCCAUGUUCACGGAUCUCCUAACCACGGAUGAUUCAGCAGAGAUAAGAGGCAAGAGAUUCAAACACGGUCUAUAAGACAGAGCUCGUUAGGAGACCCGGGGUUAGGCUAGCCAUGGAGAAUUUCGUUUCUGAG